CCCCGCCCUUCCUGCCUGUGAGGAGGAGCUGGGGGCGGUGGCAGACGGGAAGAUGGCGGAUCUGGAGGAGCAGUUGUCCGACGAGGAGAAGGUGCGUAUAGCAGCAAAAUUCAUAAUUCAUGCUCCUCCUGGGGAAUUCAAUGAGGUGUUCAAUGAUGUUCGGUUGCUGCUUAAUAAUGACAAUCUUCUCAGGGAAGGAGCAGCCCAUGCAUUUGCACAGUACAACUUGGACCAGUUUACUCCAGUAAAAAUUGACGGUUACGACGAACAGGUUUUGAUAACAGAACAUGGUGAUUUGGGAAAUGGAAAGUUUUUGGAUCCCAAGAACAAGAUUUCUUUUAAAUUUGAUCACUUAAGAAAGGAGGCUACUGAUCCCAGACCCCAUGAAGUUGAAAAUGCCAUAGAAUCCUGGAGGAAUUCAGUUGAAACAGCAAUGAAAGCAUAUGUGAAAGAACACUACCCAAAUGGUGUCUGCACAGUCUAUGGUAAAACAAUUGAUGGACAGCAGACCAUUAUUGCAUGCAUAGAGAGCCAUCAGUUCCAAGCAAAAAAUUUUUGGAAUGGCCGUUGGAGGUCAGAAUGGAAGUUUACAAUCACCCCUUCAACCACUCAAGUGGCUGGCAUCUUGAAAAUUCAGGUGCAUUAUUAUGAAGAUGGUAAUGUUCAGCUGGUGAGCCAUAAAGACAUACAAGAUUCUCUAACAGUGUCUAAUGAAGCCCAGACAGCAAAGGAAUUUAUAAAAAUCGUGGAGGCCGCAGAAAACGAAUAUCAGACUGCUAUCAGUGAGAAUUAUCAGACUAUGUCGGACACUACUUUCAAGGCCUUACGUCGACAAUUGCCAGUUACCCGCACCAAGAUUGACUGGAACAAGAUCCUUAGCUAUAAGAUUGGAAAAGAGAUGCAAAAUGCUUAAAGUGAACGUUGCAUGACUGGAUCAUUUUAGUGUCCUUGUAUACAAAUAAGAAUUAUUACAAAAAGUAUUUGGAACUGUCAGAUCACCCAGUCAGCAUGGGCUUUUGCCAUUGAAAGUCACUGUAAGUAGUUUGGUUAGAGCACAAAGCUUAGCUAAUUGACUUUCUUCCUUUUUCUUUCUUUUCAGAGGGUUGCAGCUUCAUUGUAGCUGAAUAUUUUCCUUUAGAGUUUCUGUUGUACCUUUAUUUUUUUAUAAUGAAGAGACCAUGCCUUUAGUUUUCAAUUGCAAGUUAAGAACAGUUUGGAAAAAUAUUUUUGCAUAUGAUGACCCUUUCUCUUGCUUUCAUGUGAAAUGGACAACUUUCAAAAUCUGCUGGAUUCUUUGUGAAGAUCAGUAACAUGCAUUUCUAGGUCAAGGUCAACAUGGAGUGUUGUAGGUGCUCUUUUUGAAAUCGUGUAUCCUUUCAUUGUAUGUAAAAUUGGGAAAAGCAUUUUCUGUGUCAUUUAAACCUUCAGAAUACUUAUUUGGCUCCGUGGUAACUAAAUUCUUUUUUCUUUUUUUUAAAGAAAAGGGCAAGUUCUAACACUGUUUUAAUAUUUCAAAAUUAAAUAAAAGUACUUAUUUCAGAAAUGCAUUUAAUGCUUUGUAUCUGACAAUUAAAUGAGCUCAAACUCUGUCUGCCCUUGAGGUUUCUCUAUCAUAAGCCACAAAUGUAUUAUAACAAGGCAUAUUGUAAUAUAUAACCCUGUACUCCUUGCUGUGUCUGUCAGUUUAUUUUUUUCUUGGAUUGAAAUGUACUAAAAUUCAAUGUGACAUUAAAAUGCAAAUUUUCUAUUUAUUUGAGUAUCAGAUUGCUUUCUGAUAUAGCCUAAUUUUGGUGUUUGUAUGUAUUUUUUUCUUUUUAAGAUACUGCUUAAAACAGCCACAAACUUGUGGCUUUUUAGCUAUUCUCAGUGUAUUUGGAGAUUGUUGUAAUAUCAUCAUCCAUUGUUUCCAUCUGCAUUUAAGAAACAUCAACAUAUGGAAGUCUACUUAAAACAGGUAUAUUUUAGCUUCAUACUGGCCACAGAGGAUGGAAGAAAUUACAAAAAGAAAAACAGUAUAUUUGUCUCGGAAUACUUUCCCUGUCUGAUAUAUCUUGUAUUGAAAAUGGAUGUCAGGUAUCUAAAAACAGGGACUUCAUUACAAAUGUUGUAUAACACUUUCAUGAAAUGCAUAGAUUUCAUUUUUAAUUGGAUGAAAACCUGUUUUAAAUCAUGCUGCCUAAUUAUAUUGCUCAUGAUACAUAAGCUUAUGAUGGAAAAUUAAACAGCUUCUGUAUUUUUUUAGAAAGGCAGGUAUUUAUGCACACUCCUAAACCAGUAAUGCUUACACAAAGGUUUCAUAUCUUUGUUUGCAGCAUGAUACAAUUAACUAAUCUGUUAAGUUAUAGCAUAGCAAGAGAGAGCCUGGGCUUGUAUAAAAACAUACACACAGAACUGUUUACCAUAUGAAUUGUAAUAACAAUACCCCUAUAUGAUGAUCUUCAGUGCUUUCUUAUAAAGGGGUAUAGAACUAACUGAAGUUCUUGACAUUGCUGCUACUUUACAGUACUCAGCUGUAUAGUAGAAGAGUGGGAUUUGUUCUACCGCAGUCUUCCUGGAGAGUUGCCCUCUUAAUUGUCUCCACAGAUCAGCUUUUAAUCAUGUUGUUCUUUAAAAGAAGGCUUUUAACAGUUGUAUAUGAGCUAGUAACAUGCGGAGUCGCUGUCAAGUCAGUCUGUCAGUCUUAAGAAAGAUCUAAAUAUACACCUUGUUUGAAGAAUUUCUUCAACAUAUUUAAGAACAAGCUAAAAAUUAAAGGCAAUGAAUGGUCAGUUAAGAGAACUGUUACUGGGCAACAACUGUGCAAAUAACUUUUCUAGCUGUUUUUAUUGUGUAUGACCGGAAUCAGCACUGGCUAAAAGUCAGAAUGCUAUUUUUCUUACCUGAAAUAAAAAGCUAGUUUUAAAUAUAUUCCUAAUAAAGAGGUAUUUUACUGUGAAGUACUCUA